GAAGGCCGACAGGACAGCUAGCUUACUGCUAACUCCUGUUAGCAACGUGAUGCUACAUCCGGGUACUGGCGCUGUCCCUCCUGGCUUUCCGUACUUUGUUGUUGUGGUUUGGCGGUGACAGCACUUCCUGUUAGCCAGCAUGCUAGCCUGCUACUAAUAACAAUAACAUCUGUUGUCGUUAGAACAAUCUUUCAGUGGUUUUUAAAGCUCCGUCGAGUUAUUAAAUGAACAAAUGUAAACCCACACAUGUAAUACGUAUUAUGCUGGUGAUGUCUGCACUUUGAACUGAUGGCGUUGUGCGCUUAAAGCAGAGUUUUGCUAAGAAGAAGACGAUGGAAGUCUUUACUUUAAGGAGGCGGAGAGUUGUUGCCGGACCAUGUCCUUGAUCCUGUUCGUCUUGGUGGUCCGGGUCAGAGACGGACUCCCCCUAUCGGCGUCCACGGACUUCGAGCACAACGUUGAGCUCCAGGAGAGGAAGCAGCAGCUGAGGACCAUCAGCAGGACUCUGGCCUCCUUCCCAGAGAGGAGUAGCAUGAAAGGCCAGGAGCUGGACAUCCACCUGCUGUCGUGGGAGGGCGUGUCCUACAUGAGUGUGUGUCACCGCAGCAUGUCCCUCACCAAGGUCUUCUGCUUCCUGGAAGAUCUUCGCUGGGAGUUCUCAGCCUGCUACAAACCAAACCUGGUCGCCUUGGCAACCAGACCUUAUCCUUUUCUACACUUUGACGACAUCAUCCAGAAGCUGAAGCAGCAAUACGAGCAAAAAGGCGGUCCUGCUCUGCAGGUCACUCUGACCGAGGUCCAGGAGGACUUGAGGCUCCGCCCACCACAGAUCGUCUCCCUGGAGGAGGUGGUGCUCACCAACGGUGCAGCAAAUGGACACGUGGAGCAACUUUCAUCUUCUGGCCAGAGCACCAAACUGGAACCAGUGACGGCGCCCGGCAUCCUCGCGCUGGUCCUCAACAUCAUGUGUGCGUCUUUGAACGUCAUCCGCGGCGUGCACCUCUUAGAAUACACAUUCCAGGACGACCACGACAACCUUUGGAACGUGGCGGCUUUCCUGCUGGCGUUCGUGUGCGGCGCGGUCCAGUGUCACCUGUACCUCUUCCAUUCCCGCCACAAGACGGCGAAGAGCGCGGUGCUGCUGAGCGCGGUGGUCGUCUGCAACGUCUUCCUGCUGGGCCUGAGGAACGCCUGGCAGGUGGCGUUCCACGUGGGCGUGGCCUCGCUGGCCACCGUCCUCAUCGUCACGCGCGGAGUCCGCCGAGACCGGACCCACGACUGCGGCGUGUGACCUCCGACCGCCAAUGUCGGCGGCAUCAGACGUGAUGAAUUUCUAUGGACGGGAAUAAUUCCUGACGUGGACAAACUGCAUCAGCAGGGGGGGCGCUGUGGCUCAAACUACGCCUAAAUGUUCUUCAUCGGGGACAAAAAGGCAAAUCUAGCUUGUUUUGCCUUUUUUUUUAAUCCUCUCAGAUCGUCACAUUUAUUUUUAGUUCAUAAUUUUGGAUUAAUAACAAGCACUGAUUGUGAGUGAUAUUUAUUUACUUGCUACUUCAGGGUCAGAAUAUUUGAUAUAAUAUAUUUACUUUUCUAGCUGCUUCCUAUGAUCACACGGUCGUGAUCCUAUGAAUUAUUGAAGGAUUAUUUGCUCUUGUCGUCCACACGCCGUCCUCGUCUUGGCAGCUUUUUUUGCUGAAAUUGCAAUAUUUUUGAUACGGAGGAGACUUUCUUACAAUAUUUGAUGAAAUGGACUUUAUUUCAUUAUUCAAAUGAACCAUCAUUCGGUUUAUUGGGACAAAGAAAACAGUUUAGAUUUUUACAAUUCAAUAAUCAUGGGAAGAAAUUUCACCUGAAUUUAGCUGAGAUAGGCUCCUGCGACCCCGAAAGGGACAAGCGGUAGGAAAAUGGAUGGAUUGAUGGGCAUUUAACAUGAAUCACAGCAACUGCCAAAUACUCAAAGUUAUUUCCGGGUUGUUGCUUAUUUAAUUAUUUUCUGCUAACGCACAUUUGAUCAAUAAAUGGUCUUUUCUUAUUUCA